AUGGUCUGGGGUCGCAAGCAAAAUGACCAAAAUCCCUCGGAAGAGCUGGAGCCCGUCACCCGCGAAAAGCUCCCUACCAAACUGCAGAAGAUAGUCGAUGGCGACGACGACUUUUACGACGACCUCUACUCGCCUUACUCCAUCGACUCAACAGACACACCCUACCGGUACGCCGCCUAUGCAAACCGCAUCCGAACAAUCCUCCUCUCCGCGCACCGCUACGUAGCCUACACAAGCGACAUAGGCGAAUCCUUCCGCCCAAUCGCACACCCCUACCUCGUGCGUUCUGCCUAUGCCAUCUCCUGGGCCUAUUUGCUUGGCGACGUCAGCCACGAGGGGUACAAGGCAUACUUGCGGAACCGGCGUGCUCUCGAGACGCCUGGCGAAGCGUAUAAGAAUGCGAGCGCGAGUGUUUCGAGUGAGAUUAAGGGCAUGGCGACUGGGAAUUUGAGCGCGCCUUUGUCACCUGCGGCCCCAGGCGAGGAAGGGGAAGGGGUGUCCUGGCCGACGACAAGCAUUUCGCUGGCCGAGGAUUAUCGCAUGGUUAUGGCGAAGAGAGCUGUAUUCCAGAGUAUUGCGAGUAUGGGGUUGCCGGCUUUUACUAUCCAUUCCGUUGUUAAGUAUUCCAGUCGCAUGGUUAAAGGGGUUAAGAUGGGUUUUGUGAGGACUUGGGUUCCUAUUGGGCUCGGUCUCUCCGUCGUCCCGUUCCUACCGUAUAUAUUCGACCACCCCGUCGAAGAAGCCGUUGACUGGGCAUUUGGCACGGCGCUGCGUGUUUACGGAGGCGAGGACGCUGUGAGGCCUUUACCUGCUCAUGCGUUGAGAGGUGAGGCUGAGGCUGAGGGUAGUCUGGUCUCUGCUGCGAAGCAGCUUUCUUGGGAGGAGUAUAAGAGUGAGAGGCAGCAGGCUAGGGAGGAACGGAAGGAGCGUGCUUCUGUUUCGAAGUCGGUUGGUGGGUGGUUUGGGCUUGGAAAGGAGAAGAAGGAGUAG